GUUUUAGGCCUGGAGAGGUCACAUGACAGGGAAAACGAGAAACAACGGACAAAGAUGGCGAAGGCGACGAACAGGAGUAACUGGCUGUCCGGGGUCAAUGUGGUGCUGGUCAUGGCGUACGGCAGCCUGGUCUUUGUCCUCCUGUUCAUCUUCGUGAAGAGACAGAUCAUGAGAUUUGCCAUGAAGUCUCGCCGGGGCCCCCACGUCCCCGUAGGACACAACGCGCCCAAGGAUUUGAGGGAGGAGAUUGACACCCGCCUCUCCAAGGUCCAGGACAUCCGGUUUGAGCCGCGGCUCCUGGCGGAGGGGGACGAGCGGCUGCUGCAGCUGGACACUCCAGGCUGCUACAACUACCUGUACCGGAUGAAGACGCUGGACGCGGUGAAAGAUUCUGACGUCCCAUUCCAGGAGAAUGGCAAAUUCCCCAAAUCUUCGGUGGGGAAGAACUUCCAGUCGUACCUGCUGGAGAUGACGAACCCCAGCUCGCCCUUAAAGGGGGUGCGGAAGUCGCUACUGGACAUCCUGACGGAGGGCUACGACUCUGCACGAUACGGCACGGGGGGUUACGGAAAACCGGAACACGAGAAGUUCAUGGAGGCGCUGGCGGAGUUGUCGGCAUUCGUUCAGUCCAGAGAGGAAGGGAGUCAUAAGCACCGCCAGUCCGCCGCCAAGGACCUGACCGCGUCCCCAGAGACCUCCAGCAGCCCGACCAUCCAGGUGACCUACCUGCCGUCCAGCCAGAAGAGCAAGAGGCCCAAACACUUUCUGGAGCUGAAGAACUUCAAAGACAACUACAACACGCUGGAGAGCACCCUGUGAAGGCCCGCUAGGGCUCACCCACGGCACAAGACGAUGGCAGCCAUGUUGGAGUCACACCGGAGGAGACAACUACAGUCUUCAUACACCUCGGCAGCAGUCCUUAUGGGAGACUGCGGCAAUAUGGCGGACUUUAGGCGCAGAAGAGACGUUAAAUCGCGCCUCCAGCAAAUCUGUAUCUAGAGAAUUCUAGACGCUGUAUAUACAACCAGGUGUCAUCCUCACUGUCCACCUGCGGGGGGCGGGAGAGA